AUGGACGCCCUGGAGAGCCAUGCUUUCUUUUCCCCUGCCUUAUCUCUCGUAUCAUCAUACAUAACUUACUUUCGGGGCUGAGUUCGUGACUGGUCGACUUGCUUAGCUUCUGCCUGUUCUCCUCGACAUUGUUGCCCAUUGUCCCAACUAAAUACUGUUCCUUCACUUUGACAAACGCUUACACUUACACUUACACUUUCACUCCCUACUAGUUCGACACUCCAACCAAACUCUCCUCUUCUGAAACGGAGCACGGAUCUCUUCUCAGGCAUGCUCCGAACUGCAGCCUGAUCCGUCCUGAACGAAUUCACAACUCUCCUUCUCUACUACAUACAAUACAGGGGUCAUCCACGGAACCUGCGUAUCUACCCGAUCCCGUCUCGUCAUCGCCCUCUCAUAUCUCGAUAUCUCGGUUAACCCCCCGCUUCCCGUGGAAUCAACCGCAGAAUAUGAUCCGUCGCAACUCCGACAUCGACGUCCAACUCUCCGAUGCGGCCCCCCCUCUCUCCGUCGAAUCCGAACCUCCGACAGAAGCAGAUGUGGAGAUGAUGUCUGAUGAGCCAACACUACCUUCGAACCUGCCCACCCACCUCGCCGCUCGCUUUGCUCGCAAGCCGAGUGUCGUUCGCCGCUCCUCCGCCGCCUCCUCCCGCCGCAGCUCGAUCUCCUCCCUGAACGGGCCCGCCCAUGGCGCGUCCUCGACCGAACACGUAGCACAUCACCUCCGACGGAUCUCCAUUCUCGAGAGUCGCAAGGCUCGACUCGCGGACCGCGCAUUGCACGCGGAGAAAGUCAGGCUCCGGGCUGCCUUGGCGAAAGCGGCCACCCGGAACCUGCAGCGGGAGGAGCGAGCCCUGGCUGCCCAGCAGGCCCGGGAGCGACUCUUGGCGGAGAUCACAGCCAAGUGCGAGGAGGAAGUCCGUCGCGCGAAGAAGAAGGCGGAAGACAACCGGGAGCGCAAGGCCGCCGAACACGCUCGACUCCGCUUGGAGAUCGCGGAGAAGUUCGCAGAGGCGGAGAAGCGCCGGGCGCUCUACCAGCAGACCCAGCGGCGCCACCGUACGAGCAGUCUGCCCUCAGCUGGCGACGAGAAGAUGCCCAAGGCGGCCACCGCUCAGGCAGUCACCCGGGAUGCCGCCGCUCGGAUCAUCCAGCGGGUCUGGAGGACCUACCAUGCGAAGAUGGUCAUGCGUGGUUUCCUGGCUCUCGACCUGACCACCGAUCGUAUUCGGGAGAAGGAUUUCGAGGAGGUCGGUGUCCAAUUGUCGAACGAGCGGGUGUUGGAGACAACGGCCCGGGUCCUUCGGCUGUGUGGUCUGCAGGAUAUGGAAAGCGGCACGAUGGGUGGACGGGGUGCGGUGCGCACGUUUCUCAGCAGUUACUUGAUUGUGACUCACCCUACUGAGGUUCUGAGCAGCAAUGGAGAGCAGGAGCAAGACCUGAUUGCUAAAGCGCGGGAGCUCCUCGCCGCGUUCGAGUUGGUGACCCCCUUGCUCUCCUCAGGGUGCUGUUCUCCCGCGGCCAUCUCCACCGAGCUGCAGGCUCUAUGCGAGGCCUAUAAUGUCUUCUUCUCCGCAUUUCACGCCUGGAAAUCCCACGAUUCCAGCGUCCUCAUUGAGAUCAUGUUGGCUCAGUUUAUCGAACUGGAGUUGAUCUGGCAGACAGUCAAGAAUGAUCGUGCCGGCGGCGUCGCAGAGGAUUAUCGCCAAGGAAUUCGGCAGAAUCAGAUCUUGCUCCUUGCUAGACUGAAGCGAUUGGCAGGCGCUGAUAAGGCCAUGGAGAUGGUGCGGAAUGCCCUGAAGAAGGCAAAGCGGGAGAAGAAGCGGACCGCGUCCAAGCAGGCCAUCCCGCGAUCGGCGGAGGUCGCAACCGCUUCAACGGAAGCUCUCACAGAGAGUGUUGCUUCACCUAUCAGUGAGACAUUCAACACCGUGGACAGUGGGGUCUUGCAUGAGCUAGACCGACAGCGUGUUUCGCCCCACGAGCGGUUUACUCGGAUGCUGACGGCACUGCCGGAAAAUAGGGCUCUGGUGCACGAGCUCUUGAUCAACAAGGAGUUCCGGAUUGACGAGAAACAGUACACCGAGCCACGCAAGCGUAUCAUGAAACACAUGUGUGACAUGAUGCGUAAGGACGUUGAAGCUGGCCUGGAGACAAAUUGGACAGUGGCCAUGGCUGCGGUGAUCCAAGACCGUUUGCUUCGCUCACUGCGGCCAGGGAAUUCGCUGCAUGUGCUGAUCAGCGAGGUGCUUGACCCCAAGUUGGUGGAAAACCAGUGCAGGGCCGGCGCCUUCUCCUACGACAGCUUCUUCAAUUUCAUGAAUACUAUUCUACCCAAGCUUUGCGCUCCGUAUCGUGAUCCGGUCGUCAAGGCAUUUGCCGAGGACACAUCGGGCGACGCCAUUGACCGACUUGCCCGACUAAUGGGCAUCAUCGACCUCCUCUCCCUUGACCACACCAACUUCAUGAUUCAGGUUGCAGCUCCACAACUGAUCCAGGAGGCUCCCGGGUAUGAGCAGCGGACAUUCGAGAAGGGUCUUCAAGAGGGCACUCAGAGCUUGGGAAAGACGCGGCGCUUUUGGCGCACGCACCGCAAGAUCAUUGCUGAUGAGAUGCGCAAGCGGGACCCGGAGAACGUGCACGGGGAACCACGACCGCCAAGUGCCAAGGUCUAUGCGCAGGGGAUUGUGGAUCUGGUGAUGAGCAAUGCGCCUGUCUCCGAAGAGCUUAUCCCGGAGACUUUGGAGCUGGAUCGGCAGCGACUUGCGCGAUUGCAUGCCCGAGCGUUCCGGAUCGUUGCCACCGCUUCGAUUCUCCUGACAGCCAAGAACCUGCUGAAGCGCGACGUGCGAUCUCAAUGGAAAGCGGAAGCGGACCGGAUCCUGUCCCUGGACUUCAAUGAGAUCCAGCCUGACCGGGUUCAAUCCAUCCUGGAAUCCACUCACCCGAUGCCACCCAACGCCAGUGCGCAGCUGGCCGCAACUAUCCGCCGCGUUCUGGUGCCCGUUGCUACUGCCUGCGCCGCCGCCCACACGGAGGGGGAAGGUACUCAGCCAUCCGUGGAGAUCCAGGUCGAGUCGACCUCGUCCGCGGCGUCGUACACGUCGGAUGCCGCUAGCUCUGCGACGGCGACAAGCGGCAGCGGCAACGGGACCUCGGGCUUUGCCGACCCGGUGGCCCGACUGAUCCUCUCGCGCCUGCGCGCCCAUAUCCUGUCGCGACUGAGCGCGUCCAGCGCCAGCGAGCGCGUGCGUGCGACGACGACGGCCAGCCAGAGCCUGGCCGGAGCGGGCAUGCCCGAGUUCGUCACGGAGGUGGGGCAGCUGACGGACGAGAUGGAGAAGAUGCGCGAGGUGGAUUGGCUGUGUCAUGGGAUGGUGUACGAGCGCAUUCUGGGCGACGGCAACGCUUGAAUAGUAUAAGAUUGUCAUUGUCAGGGUCCAGGUUGGUAGGCUUGGCUUGGCUCUCGUCUAUUAGGGAUACUACUUCUACUUGUCUAGGUACAGGACUUUGGAACAGACUGAGAUUACUUAAUUCCUUCUGUGCAGAUUGCUUCAUAGUCAUGAUCCAUGUGAACUUGAUUCAUUUUAUAUUUCGAUAUCAUGCGUACGGAGUGCUAGUCGAUUGUACCAUCUCUAAGGUAACGAAUAUUGUUUAUAGAAGAAGGAAGAAAGAUCGUC